UAUUUCAGAAGGUAAUGGAAUCUGCUGUAUCUGCAUCCUACCCAAAGCCUUCCAGACAGAUCUGUGUUAUUUAAGCAAACAGGAGAGCCUGGCACAGGAUGCUGAUUAAUAUUCCUUUAGAGAGGUAAGGGAAAGAGAGAGGGAGAGGCUGUGUGUCUGUGUGCGCGCCUUGCUGCCUCCCCCUCACCCAUUACAGCCCCCUUCUGCUCAAUGUGAGCCUGCUGCCCGCUGCUUGCUAGGCAACCAGAAGCACCAGUAUUGCACUGCACCACUGAGGAGCGGACGAACAGACCCAGCCCGGCUUUUCCACAUUCUCUCUCGUCCAUCCGUCAAACACCCUGUUCCGCUCUGAGGCUGAAGCUACCAUGGCUAACAUUGUAGCAGCCUACAGGGAGAAAAUUAAGGAGAUGUCCAUGCUGUCUCUGAUCUGCUCCUGUUUGUACUCCCAGCCACAUCGUAACAGCAUUUACCAAUAUGGAGACAUGGAGGUGAAGCCCAUUAACAAGUGUGCUUCGGGCCAGUCCUUUGAGGUCAUACUGAAGGCCCCAAACGACCUGUCCCCAGACCGCCCUCAGCCACUAGCUUCUCCUCCAAAGAAGGACGUCUCCCUCCAUGAGCUGCAGAAGAGGCUGGAGGCCGCAGAGGAGAGGAGAAAGUCCCACGAGGUCCACGUGCUGAAGCAGCUGGCAGAGAGGCGCGAGCACGAGAGGGUGGUGCUCCACAAAGCCCUGGAGGACAACUACAACUUCAGCAAGAUGGCCGAGGAGAAGCUGAGCUACAAGAUGGAGGUUAAUAAGGAGAACAGAGAGGCCCUCUUCAACGCCUUGAAGCAGAAACUCUGGGAAAAGGAAAAGCAUGGAGCUGACGUUCGCCGGAACAAGGAGCUCCAAGCAGAACUGUCCGGCUGAGGAUUCCCUCCAAACGGUUACCGAGAAAGAUUGUUCCGGCUGUCCCAAACAAUUCUGCUGUCCGAAUUCUUUUUUAUUCAAGGUUCAUCACCAAUCUCCGCAUGUUAAUUUCACAGUCAGGCAAAAGACUCAAGUUCUCAAGAGGUCUACAGUAAUAUACUUAAUAUACAUUAAUAUAUUAAUAUACUUAUUUGAUUCUAGUUUUUUUUUCUUAUCAAAUUGUUCAUAGUGUUUUAAGCCAAUAACUGUCCAUAUACGCUCCUCCACAUUACUUCAACAUAAAUCAAAUUCAGUCUCUGACUCUUUACAAGAAUAAGUUCGGUGAGGGGGUGAGUAGUUCGAGAUAAAAAAAGAACUGUAGAAAUUAUCCAGUACUUCAUAAAUCAAUAUAAUGUAUCACAGUACACACCAAACCUAUUAAGUUUCAUUUUAUUUUUGCAAAACAAAAAAGAGUUAUUAUAGUGACGUAAUCGGAGCGCAAGUGCAACUACAAUUAAAUCUAAUCUAAGGCUUCCGUGUCACCCGUCAGUUUUAUCUGAAUAUAUCUGAACUUCAUUGCUGUCUAUUAUAUCUAAGACACAUAUUGAAGAUGGUCGCUUGAAAUCUAAAGCUUGUUCCUUCAUCUCCUUGUAAUUGCUUUGUUCAGUGCCAAAAUUACAGUUUAAAAGCUGGUAAUUAACACAGGUAAUUGUUGCAUAUCAUUUAUGCUUUAGACGUGCGAUCUGUAUAAAUGCCACUUAGCACACAUUACACCGUACUGCAGGGGGAAAAAAUGUAUUUUUUAAGCUUAAUCUGUUGACAAAAAUAUUCUUUUGCUGGCUUUAGUGUGUAUAGGUUUUUAAGUGUACAUAAAAUACUGUGUCUGGUAACCUUUUUUGAAAGUAACAAUAUCCCAAACUAAUAUACACACUAGAUAACAAAUCUGCAAAGUAUCCAUAGAAAUGAAUGCUUGUAAUGUUAUGAAAUCAUACUCUUAAUGCAGUACAGUUCUUUCCUGUGGCACCAGUCAUUUUCUUGGGUUACCAGCUCACGAUAAUAUACAUAAAAUAUAAAUUAUUACUUGAUCAAACAACUUCUUCAAAAUCAUUGCAAUUUGAUAUUAAAAUAACAUGCUUUGUUUAACUAAUGAAUAAUAUCAUUCUGCUAGGAUGUUUUACUGUGUGAUGUUAUUCAUAUAAGUUUUGGUUUUUAAUGUGUAAAUGCUAUUCAGUUUGUAUAUAUACAUGAUGACAAGGUAGCAUUCUCGCUAGCAACUGAAGCUGAAUGGAUCAUUCACUAAAAUACAAAUAUUCUUGUAGAGCACAAAUCUAUAAUUUAUGUUCAGUGAUACCAAGAAUGGAAACUAUACCAACUGAGAGCUGAAUUAAAGCGGCGACAAACCUUCUCAGAUGUUUAUCAGCUACCAUUUUGUAUUCAAACACAAAGACAUUAUACAUUUCCUACCAUGCAAGUUUGUAAGGGCUGGAUGUGUUACCAUUCAGACAUAGCUUAACAUUUCCCUUUGCUAGAUGCUAGAACUCUCUGCACUCAGUGUAUUGACCAAUAUACUGGAUAGUAUUUUUUUAUUUCAAUAACUUGAAUAAAUGAGGCUAUAAACAGAAUUGAAGAAAAUCAACAGGCAUUUAAAAUUCCAAGCACCCCUCUAUAUUUUGUUUAUGUCUGUAUUGUCACCCCUAACUGAAGAACACAGCUUGAAUGUAGUGGCAAAGUUGAUUUGUACUUUUGCCUUUUGGGGGCGCUCACCAGACUGUUUAUCUAGUGAACUUCCUCUAAGUACUGCAUGUACUAUGCUGACACGCUAUUUUCAGACCAUGGCUGCAUAUAUCAAAAUACAUGUGUGUGGGGAACAAAAGAUAAACAAAGGCACACCUACCAUUACUCACAUCAGAGGUGGCCAACAGAGAACUUGGUGGACCAGGUUUUAUGAGAGAUGAACCCAUAAAACUCACCAUCCAAAUAAUGACUCUAGUCAAAGCAAAUUAAGACCAUUGAGUGAGACUGGGCACCUCUCACUUAUAUUUUAAGAUAUUUCACCUGUGGCACAGUAUUUGUUAAGAUUAGUAGACGAUCAACGAAGGGAAUAAAGCACCACGUAAUAA